UUUUGGGUCCGAAUUCCAACAUGGCAGUCUUCCGAGCGCACUGGUUUGAAAACUUGGAAUGAUUUCAAAUCCUUGUCAGCCCCGCUUCACCCGAGCUCCCGCUUGCCAGUAAACACCGGGGUCGAUGUUUCGAACUUCCGCGGCGACCCUCUGAGUAACCCCAGGCUUGAAGAUGCAGUGGACGCCAGAGCAUGCCCAGCCUCUGAGCCAGUGGCCGGAACAGCACUUUGACAUUUCCUCCACGACCCGCUCACCAGCCCACAAAGCAGAUGUGUUCAGAGGCCAUCUGCAACGUACUUAUCAGUAUGCCUGGGCCAACGAUGAUAUCUCUGCACUGACUGCCUCAAACCUGCUGAAAAAAUAUGCAGAGAAAUACUCUGGAAUUUUAGAAGGCCCCACUGAGCGAUCUAUCUUAAGCAGCUACUCAGAAGGGCCACCAGGACUGGUUAAUGGGCGGAAAAAUGAAGGUGAGCCUUGGCAAUCCUCGCUGAACUCUGAAGGUGUGUAUCCUAUGAGCUGUGUUCCAGAUGUCAUAACUGCGAGUAAAUCAGGAGUGACCACUACCCUUCCACCGACAGAUGCUUCUGGAAAUAUAGGAACCUCUCCUGGAGUAGCCAGCAAUCUGCCAGAACCAAGUUAUUCCACAAGUACCUGUGGCAGUCUGCAUUCGGGGCUCCCACCAGUUGGUGCUUCUCAGGAAUAUGCCACAGCUUACAAUGGCUCUUAUCUGCAUUCAAGUUACAGCAGUCAGUCAGCUCCAGCACUUCCAUCACCUCAUCCAUCACCUUUGCACAGCUCCGGCCUUCUUCAGCCUCCCCCUCCUCCUCCACCCCCUCCACCUCCUUCCUUAGUCCCAGGCUAUAGUACAGGUUCCUCCAAUAUUUCUGGCACUGUGUAUAAUUAUCCCUCCGCUGGCUACCCCCCACAGACUCCAGUCGGCCCUGGCUACAGUCCUGGUGCAGCCCCACCUCCCUCUGCUUAUCUGCCAUCGGGCAUUGCUGCUCCAACUCCUCUCCCUCCAACCACUGUACCAGGCUACAGCUACCAGAGUCAUGGCUUACCACCAAUUGCUCCAUCACCACUUAGUAACAGCUCAGCCAAUUCUCUGAAAAGAAAAGCUUUCUACAUGGCUGGGCAGGGAGAAAUGGACCCUAGCUAUGGAAAUUACAGUUAUGGACAACAGCGGACUGCGCAGAGCCCUAUGUACAGAAUGCCAGAUAAUAGCAUUUCAAACUCAAACAGAGGAAAUGGAUUUGACAGGAGUGCUGAGUCGGCACCUCUAGCAUUUAAACCAACAAAACAGCUGAUAGUCACCGAUCAGCAAAGAAAAUUCAGCAGCCAGUCAAACAGGGCCCUCACACCCCCUUCGUACAGUGCUGGUAAAAAUUCCUUGGGACCAUCAAGAUCCACCGAAUCUUUCAGCAAAUUCACCUCGCCGGUGAUGAAUGAACGUAGUGAUGAGCACAGGCAACUCCUCCCACAUCCAAUCCAGGGCCCAGGCAUUCGCGCAGCUACCUCAUCGAACCGGCCAGCUGAUGAACAGUUGAAGAACACUGACUCACACCUCAUAGAACUUGUAACCAAUGAAAUUAUAAACCAAGGGCCUCCAAUAGACUGGAGUGAUAUAGCAGGCCUUGAAAUGGCUAAGGCAUCUAUAAAGGAGGAAGUUUUAUGGCCCAUACUGAGGCCUGACGUUUUCACCGGACUCAGCGCUCUACCUAGAAGCAUCCUUUUCUUCGGUCCUCAAGGAACAGGCAAAAUGCUAUUGGGCAGGUGCAUAGCUAGUCAGCUGGGCGCCACCUUCUUCCGAAUCAAUGGCUCAGCACUUAUUUCAAAGUGGCUGGGGGAAGGGGACAAGAUCAUUCAGGCCUCUUUCCUUGUGGCACGCUGUCGUCAGCCCGCAGUCAUUUUCAUCAGUGAAGUUGAUUUGCUUCUUUCAUCGCAAGUGAACGAAGAACCCAGUCCCAUCACUCGUAUUAAAACAGAGCUUCUCAUGCAGCUGGACACUUCAGUGACCUCUGUGGAGGAUCAGGUUGUGGUAAUUUGCUCCACCAGUAAACCAGAAGAAAUAGAUGAAGCUGGUCGCAGAUACUUUAUGAAACGACUUUUAAUCCCAUUGCCUGACAGUACAGCAAGGCACCAGAUGGUAAUACACUUGCUCUCACAGCACAACUACUGCCUCAGUGACAAGGAGAUUGCACUGAUUGUGCAGCGUACUGAGAGCUUCUCUGGCUUGGAUGUGGUUCGACUGUGUCAGGAAGCAAUGGUAGGCCCUCUCCAUGCAAUGCAGGGCACAGACCUUUCAGCCAUCAUGCCUAAUCAGUUAAGGCCAAUCACAUACCAGGAUUUUGAUAAUGCUUUUUGCAAGAUCCAGCCAAGCAUUUCCCAGAAAGAGCUGGAUGUAUAUGUUGAGUGGAACAAAAUGUUUGGCUGCAGCCAAUGAUAAGCUUGUGAAUAUGCAGUGAUCAUUGGCCACAGUAAUGUGCUACAUAGGGAUUAGAAACCCCUUUUUCAGUAGUAUUACAGUUGAAAAAGGUACUAAGGAGACAACAGUGACCUUGGCAUAUGACUGAGAGUCAGGGUAAACUUGAAGGAAGAGCGCAAAAUGUCAGAGCUACUCAAAUGUAAGCUGCAUAUGGAAAAGCUUAUGUUGAUGUUUAGUUCUGCUCAAACAAGACGACGCUCACCAAGGUGCAGAGAAAAGUGGGUUGUUUUCAAAGGACAGGAACCCUCUGUGUUGAUUCCAUUCUGCUGUUCUUGAGAUUCAGUUGCUGUCAAGUGCCUGAAGUGGUGCUUUAUUUUUUUGUUUGCCUCACAAUUCAGUAGGUGGCAUGUGCUAAUACAAGAGCUUUAACUUUAAACAGUUUUGAACUAAAUGUUUAUUGAGAAAUCAACAGUUGUAAUAGGAGGUGGCUAGCCAGCUUUUGCCAUUCUUAGGACAACAGUAUUCCUCAAUCCUGUCUGUUCUGCAGUAUCACCUGCAAACAGUUAAGCAGGGUAUUGAUAAUCUGGACCUUAAUUUUAGCAGUUCAGUUCUUUUAAUGUUCUGUCCGCAAAUACUCAGGAAAGUGAUUGUGAUUUGUACCUCAAAGGAAUGUGUUGAAAGCACUAUGUACUGCUGGGAGUCAUAGGCUGGGUUUCUCAUUACUAAUAUUACUGUAUGUUUACCUCAAAAAAAAAAUAUAGCGAGGAGAUGACUUUGAAUGUAUCCAGGUUUAUUCUGAAGUGGUCUGUCAGAACCUUGUACACUGUUUACCUGUUCCAGGCUUAAACAGAAGGAUGAAUCCUUAUUGUGAAAGCGAUUGCUUUCCAACUUGGGGGUAAAUUCAGCCCAAGCUCCUCUUUAUCGUAGUGAACUUUAGCAACUGACAAUAAUGUUUGUGAUCUUACAGUACCCAGUCAGGAGGUGCACAUGUCAAUUGAAAGCCACUUUAAUUAUUAAGUAUUUGGGGAAAUAAUUUUUCAUAUUCUUUAUUUAGUGGUUCACUACUAUCUGAAAGGCACACUUAGCUGUGAACUAUGACUGUUGACCUUCAAGCCACUACCGACUGGUUACAGUUGUAGCUUCUAGGUUAUUGAGAUGGGGGUGGGGAAGGGUUCAUUAUAUGUCAAAGUUGGAAGGUCAUGGGUCACAGAGCUACUACAUGUGGCAGGCAGUUGGCUAGCUGCUGGAUAAGCAGUAGCUAAGCAUGAAAAUGAGUGGAAGAUUUUCAGUACACUGAAAACUUUUUUAUCUUCAGUUUCAGAUUAAUUUAACUACCAUUCCUCAUAGAUGUGCCCAAGGAGGAAGUGUCCUGCUUUCUGUUCUACCUCAGUUUUGUUAUAUUCUCUUUGAAAGCAGAUUAUUAGAGGGUUUUUUGAAGUCAGAUUACACUUUGGUAUGCUAACCUGCAGAACAAGUUUCUGUGAGCUGCUAAUUUUCCCUCAAGUGAGCUUCACGUUUCUCCCUCCUUCAGCCAUACAUUCUGUAGAGUGUUCUUUCUGGAACAACUAUUAGCUGGCAUGUGUGGCAUUUUUAUCACCCCUCCUGUGUUGUCUUUCUUUUUAUCCUUUAAUGCUUUAUGUGCAACUUUUUGUUUUUGACAGCUGAUUGAUGUUGGGUAAUGUCUCUGAACAGGAGUAGCUUAGGCUGCAGCUGCCCCAAAGCUUGUGACUGCAUGAGCAAAACAGUCUCGCUCGCUGCUGAAUGUAUCGUUUUUUUCCAAUUCUUUAUUUUAUACAGUUAAAGAACUGUUGCAAAGCACUGGUACUUUGUGUUGCCAUUAAAUAAUGUAAGUUUAAAAGCAUUUUUAAAAAAUAAUCUGCACUGAAAAUGCCAAACUAGAAGAUAAAGAAUUUAGGUUUUGCCCCAUGUAUUAUUUUUGUGAAAAAGGCUCAUUUUAAUUAGAAUUUCAGAGUAUCCUUCUCACAGUUUUUUUUUAAACAUGCUACAGUCUAAAAUCAAUAUUUCUCUUAAAGUUUGCCAAUGCACUGUGCUGACCCUUUUUGUUGUCUUUAGGUUAGCCAUUAAUUUUGGUGUCUGCUUUCAAACUAGAUUUUUAUUUCAGUCUUGAUGCAUUUAUUGGAAAUGAUAAAGUGAAACUUAAUUCAAUAAUUCCAGCAAACCCACCAAUUGGAAGACCCAAUAAUGGUUUGCAGUAUUUUCUUUAGCUUGGAUUAUUUGUAGAUUAAAAUGAAAGGACCCAGACAUCAGUGCUGUGGACCAUUCUAUCCUAAUGUGCCACCUAAAUGUGACAUCCAUGUUAUAUCCAAAUAGACUUUAGUUUUUGAAAAAAAAAUAGCAUUUUAACUAAUGCAUGCCAUCAGACUGCAGCUAUUAAACUGAUACAAUUAUCAAUGGUUUUCCACAUGCGUAUUUUUUCAUUUCUAAUCUGUUUUGAAUGCAACGUGGAAACCAAAGUUUGUGGCUUGUUGGUAGAAAAAAUAAUUUGCUUUGUCCCAAAAUAAAUUUAAUAUUUUAUAUCUUUUAAAACACAUUUUUCUUUGAUUUAUCAAUUUAUGAGCAGUAAAUGAUCAGCUUACAUGGGUGGAAUUUAUUUGUUAGCAGAAUUUUCUUAACAGCUCGAUAUUUGUAACAGUAAUUUAAAUUCUGACCGUCUAAACUAAUUAACAGAAUGCAAAAUUAGUUUUAUUUGUGAAAGCUCUUUAGUCAGCACUCAUGCUCUUGAAGUGUAAAUAGGUUUAAUGUUGUGCUGGAGGUCAUUCAGCCAGAGAUGCUGGAGUGUGUCAGGCAACGAAAGUCUGUACAGUAUUAUGUUUUUCAGUCAUUGUUAAAUUUUACACAAACACCUUAUAGCACAGAGAUAGGCAGCAUUUAAUUACAAUGGCACAUUCUACCUCCUUCCCCAAUCCUAAUCAGCUGUUCCUGUUACAGCACACAGUCAUUGCCUGUCAUUCUAAAUUCUUCUCCGUUCUUAAAUGUAACACUAGUAGUGUAGCACAAUACACAGCAUUGUUAAACGCAGUUCAAUUUGAAAUGGAAGGAUGGCACAUCCGAGUCCUUACGAUAGCUACAAUGUAGGCAUUUGGGUCAGCCAUGCUGCGGGACUGAGAAAAAUGAAAUAAUAGAACAGAAUGUUCAGCAUUUAAAUGGUCCUACUGAAGUAUUUUGAGCACAAUCAUUCCUGUUUUAACAUCAUAAAGCUACAAUUGUGAAAGAGCUUGAAAAAAUUAUUUGCAGUUUAGCCACUCAGAAUUUUCGUUUAAACUACAUCUGUUGUAAAUUCAAACAUUGUUGCAUUCUUUGUAACCAUUUCUACCUCAUUGCUACAUAUUGUACAUGUAGUAUUUAUUAUUUUAUGUCCUUUUUGAAUGUCAUGCAUUUGUAAAAUAAAAGACUUGUCCUUGAACUUGGAACAGUCUACCUCAGAAAGACUGUCAUUACACUGAACAGUAUUAUCAACCUAAAUGAUAGAAGCAUUAGGAAAGUGUGGCCGUGUAGAUAAUGCACACCUACUGGUGAUAUAGUUGGACUGGAAAAUAAUACUCAUGACCAGACCAUUUCGGUAAGAUGUUUGUUACUGUAUACGCCUUUUUGUGUAGCAAUAAGUGCUACAAUUAAUUUGUGUGUCACGUUUAAUUCUGGCCCCUCAUGUGAACAAUAAUUAAGGAUAGUACUAAUAUUUUUUUAAAAAAUUGAUCCUUAAAUUCACAUCUUUAAAGAAAACAACUGUCUAAAGACAUAAAAGUCCUAUACAGUAUCAUAAAAUAUAAAUAUUUUCAGCAGGUUUUAAAAUACAUGCGUAUAUUAUUUUGUAUCUGCUGAAACCAAAUUUUGUCUUUACUGCACUGCGUAAAGACUUUGCCAUCUUUCAGGCUGCACAGUAUCACUAAUUAAGAAAAAAAGGUCAGUUAAUAAAUUCACAUCAUUUGUGAACAUUAUUUGUGUAAAUGAAACAUUUCUGGUUUAAACUUUUUUUUUCAGUUGCUGAUGUGAUGGGAUCAUUGUAUGGUUGAAUGUAUGUGCAUUGGAAACUGCUUUACAAUUAAACUGGAGGUCUCGACUGAGUUCCUGAAAUUGUUGCAAUGCAUUUUGUCCUCAUUGGUGCAGUAUCAUUGUAAACCUCUGCAUCUCAGUCCUAGGAAGUAGUAAGGCACUGUCGUCUGGAAGUUCAGUGCUGAAUCCUAUUAUAUUAUCUAGCCACAUAGAAUCUUUCUUUUCAUAAUUACUUGCUACCACAGGGAAAUUAUUGGAGUAAAUUUUCAUAUAGAAUAACUAGUUUAAGUAGUUACCAUUAAAAGAAAAUUUGUGGUUCAAGGCAGAUAUUUUUAUGAAAAGUUUUCUCUAUUGUACAAUUUGUUGUAUAUGGCUAUGCUACUAAAUAUGGAAACAGAAAAGA